UAUUGCAAAGCAGGCCAUUAGACGAUGAAUCAGAGAUUCGAGGCUCUGUCUCUUCUUUGAAUCAUGACACUUAUGUGUCUAGUGAGGAAUCAGAGAUUCAAGGCUAUGCCUCGCCUAGUAAAGAUCUCAGUCAAUAUUUUCUACACAGAAAAAAUAUGGAUCCAAUAGAAAAAAUCGAUGGUAAUAUCUCAACCUAUACCAGGCCUUUAGGCGCCUCAAAGAGGCAUGAUGAGAUUACCGAACUACCAAAAGUCGAUACCGAGAUCAACCCCAAGAUAAAUGAGGAAACUAAUAUUAAUGAAAUAAGUGAGAAUAUUAUACCCCAAUAUCAAGAAAUAAAAAUUGUGACUCCACACCUUGCACAACGGGAUAAUAAUAUGUCCUCUUUGAUUGAAUCACAUUCUCAGAUAAGACCUAGUCUCAAGGCUUUGCCUCUUCCAAUAGGAGGAAUAGGAACAAUUCCCAUUGUGGCAAGCACUUUGAUGCCAUCACUAUCGGCAUAUAUCUUUCUUACCUUGUUAAUUAUUGCAGUUAUGUGGUUUGUUAUAUUGAGACGUACAUGGAAUAUAG